AGAUCUUGCUGUUGAGUUGAAACGUGAGGCACCUCUUCACAUCUAAAGAGGGAAGAAGAAAAACUUGCCGCCUGCACGGUGGUGUGACUGCUUGACGUGUCCAUUGUUACUACAACUAUUAUUGCACAGUCUCUUUCUUCUUCGCUUUCAUCAUGGGGAGCAGCAGCAACCAUGUAAAGCGGCUCCUCGCCACCGCGCGCAUGCACCACCGACCGGAGCUGCUGCAGGAUGUCAUGGAGGAGCUACUGGCGACCGAAAGCAAUACGGGAACGACGUCGACGGAGCUGCGUGUCCUCUGCUCCGAAGUCGCGGUGGAGCUGCAGCAGUGGCAAAUCGCAUCCCAGCUGCUGCGAGGCGUGGGGACAUCGCAUGAGUCACGCCUGCUGCGUAUGCGCAAGGUGUUCUGCGACGUGCUCGUCUCCCUGCACGAGGUGGAAACGCAGCCGACGCUGUCAGAGGACGAAAAAGUGCAACAGAAACUGUUAGGCACUGCCACGGCACUGCGAGCCUUGGCGGACAGUGUGGAGAUGUGGCCGGACAGCCUCGACGCCGUGCUGAUUGGUAUUCGCACGUUGUGGACCAUCAUUCGCCCCCUCCUCGAUGCCGGUCGUCAGGCGGAGGUCUGUGACGCCGUGGCCUUUCUCGCCUCCCUCCAUCAGCAACUGCACAUCGGCGGUGGCUACACGCUGGUGCAGUGGAUGGCGCGCAGUGCCCUCUGCCUCUACGCGGCCGACCGCUAUGCAGAGGCGUUUGCGCACUUCACCACGGCGAUGGAGGCGGCCGCUUUCUUGUCCAAUCAACGGCUCUAUGUGCAGCUGCUGCGCAUGGCCGCCGGUGUCAUCAGCGCCAGGGAAAAGGCCGCGGCACCGGUAAAGGGCCGGACCGAGUUUCUCGGAACGUAUCGCUCCCGCCCGGUAAUCUACGCCGUGCUGCUCACUCAGCUCGUCCUUACAGGGCACGUCGAGGUGGACACCUGCCGGGAGGAGCUCCACAGCACCUACGAAACGGUUCACAACGGCUCCGCUGAGGUGGUACUGCCUGCGGAAGCCGCCGGUGCGACGACAGGGAAAGGCAGAAAGAAGAUACCCGCCGCCAAGCAGCAGGCCGCGACGACUCGUGUGACGGAGGCCUUUACCAUCACCGAUCCCGACGUCAUCGAGGAGGUGAAGAGCGAUCUGCUGCUCUGCAUCGCGCUGCACGACACCCUCACAAUGGCGCAGCAGGAGGAGCUUGAGCGACGGCGCAACAGCCCCAACCGGCGCGUGCGCAGCUUCACCGCGUUCGCCCUCAUCGUGCAAGACGCGCGCCUCCGCGGACUAGCGCAGCUGAACACGUGCGCGGAUGCCUCCGUGCUGGUGGCGGCCCACCGCUGCGAUGUCAACGCGAUCAUACAGAAGCUCCUCUCUGUGCUGAAAGCCACGAACGCGAUCCACGACGAGAGUGAGCGCCAGUACACGCUGCACAUGGGUGUGUCCCUCUUGUGGAACUACAUUCUCCCCUUCUUGCAGCCGACGUUCACUGGCGACGUGCAGGCAUCGCUGGAGGUCAUUUUGGAAGUGAGCCAGGGCGCCGCCCCGCCUCUCCGGCAGCUGUUUCUGCAGGCGGGGUUGCAGCAGUGUCACAUCGCGUAUAACGAGGACCACCGCCCUACCCUGCAUCACCUUCUGCCUCUGCUGAAGCAGGAGUGCGCCCGCAGCGGGGCUCGCAAGGACAACCCGCAUCUUGAGUUUCCCCUUCAGUGGAUGCAGUACCAGCUCAGCGUCCUCGAGGAGCCGGAGAGCAGUCUCACCAACGAGCAGGACCGAUGCCUGUUUGCGAUUGAGCAGGCCCGCACCGUGUCCAACCCGUGCAAGCGCAUUCCACUGCUGAAGGCGGCCUUUCAACACCUGCCACCUCUCCUGCGUGCGGAGCCGCGGCCCGACCCCGCAGCGCCGGACGUCUCACCCAAGCGUCAGGGACAGGCGCAACCGCAGCGACAGCAAAAUUCAACAGCACUCCUCGCGAGUGCGUCAAUGCCCGUGCAGCGCCGGUCCACCGUGCAGCUCUACAAGGAACUGUUGGACCUCUGCAUGGAGGAGGUGAGUCCAUCGCUCUACACCGUGGCCAGCGUCAUGGCAGACGCGCUGCGCACCCUGCCUCGUCCCCCUGCCGGACCGACAGUUGACGACUUGGAGGAGAUCCAGGCAGUGGCCAGCCUGCAUUGCGCUACGCUGCAGUGCAAACAGCUGGAGGACGAGGCGGCCACCGCAGCCGCCGACACGUCCACUGCUUUUCCUGAAUGCAGCAGCGCCCAAAGGCUACUUGCCGGGCUGCUGAAAGAGGCAGCGCAGCGCGGAGCUUCUCUUGAGGCGCGGAGCACAGGCAGCGGUGGCUGGAUCGUGGCGAACGCGUGCAUCACCUUUCUCAACAUGAAGCAACGUGCGUACAAUGCUGGCGACUACAGCACCAACAUGGCUGAGUUGCUCGAGCUACACAGCACGUACACAGCUCUCUUUGCGAAGGGUCGCGUGCAAGACGUCUCUCUUCUGUCCGACCUCACCGUUGCAGCCGUGGUCGGCCUUCUUGCGGGGUUUGUGGCGGCGAAAGCUGCGGCGGCCAAUCCCGCAAGUCCUACCCACGCUGCGCCCAGCAACACCGUGCCCGAUGCCACCUACACGGGGCUCAUACGACGCAUUCAAUGCUGCACGUCGGUGGAAUCCUCCAACUCGCAGCUUCGCAAGGCGGAGGCGCUCUGUCGAGAGGCCCAGCAGCUCAUACAAAACCCGAAGCACAAGUGGUUCAUCGCGAUGCUCUACCCGAACGUGUUGCGCCUCUUCAACGAGAAACCGGUGGUGUUCCUCCACCCUCAGGAGCAGCUUCUCAUCUAUCUUGGCAUGCUUUCAGGUCCAUCGCUGACGUUGCCAGAGCGGCAGUCGCUGCUAGAGCAGGAGAUGCGGCCGCUUCUGCGCAGAGACCCCAGCGUGCGGUUGUGUGCGUGGGUGGCCGCCGUUGCCGCCGAGAUGCAUGUGGAAGACGCCGUGAUGGAGUGCUACCAACUCGCGGAUGCCCUCUACGCCAGUGGCCGGCUUGGCUGGGACUCGUCGUGCGAUGUGCAGCGGUCAAACACGUCGACGGCGGCGGGUGGCGGUGUUGGUGGGGGUGGUGGGAAACCGUUAGAGAGCAGCAUUAUCAGCAAUGGCGGUGGUGGGGGUGGUGUUGCCCUUGGUGGCAUCCUGAACGGCGCCAGCACCGGGAACAGGAAAGGGUCGCUGAGCCUUGUGCUGGUGCAGCAAGAGCCUUCAAAUCCAGUCAAGCCAGACGCCGAUGAUUGGGGCGCGUAUGCGCAGCUGCUCGCCAUGAAAACACAGGUGUGUGCGAGCCACCUCCAGGGCCUCAGUGGCAACGUACGCCGUGUUGCCUUGCAGCAACUCCUGACAAACUGCGUGAACUCCGUCAUCGCGACGAUUCACGGGCCGGCGUCAUCGAAGAGGACUCAAUUCACGCGCGCCUUCACCUCUUACUACACCAUUUUGCGUGACAACAACGGCAUGUUCCCGCUGGCGGGCGCAGCGUUCAUUCUGCCCAGCCUGCGCAUGCUACUCUCGAAGGCGAUACUGAUGCAGUUCCCCAAGCGUGAAUGGAACACCACCUUUACCGAGUUGGUGUACCAGCUCGGCGCCAUCCUUGUGUACGUCUCCUACAGCAGUGGAUGCGACGAUAACGUCCUGCAGCUCAGUAAUCAUCUGCGCCUCCUACGAGAACUGCUUCCCCCGCGGUACCAGAAGUCCCUGAAGGUGCGCGAGACCACGGAAGUGUGCUACAAGGACCCGAGCGUAAACGGCUUCCUGCACGUGAGCCGCAACAUGGAAGUGGAGCUGCAAACACACGGCUGGCUCAUUGUCGCCCAGCGGGCUGAGGAGGAGGGCAGCGCGAUGGAGGCGUUUGCGCUAGCGCUGUCCGGCACGCAAGCAAACCCGUUCGCCCGCGCGCAAUGCACGUUUGAGUUCGCCUUCAACUCCCUUGAGCAGGGCAAGGCGCCGCUCUCACGCGCGACGGACCAAUUGCGCGAAGCACUGCGCAUCCUGGAAGGCCUGCCAGACAGCAUACCCCUCCUGCACGAUGGCACGGCGGGUCAGGUGAGCCUAGAGGCCACGCUGAUCGAUAAGUCCCUCACCGCGUCCUUCUUGAAGACGUCUCGGAGGCGAUCGCAGGAAGAGGUCAGCAAGGCGGCGACUCUCAGCGGGAAAGCAAAGCCGGCGGCGACGCGGGCGUCAACGAGGAAGUCCGCCAACGCGGUCAACGCACCGACUGUGAACUUCCAGCACGUGUUUUUGGGGCUGCGCAUCGUGUCUCUUCUCUUCCGCGUCGCCUCCCCCAUCGCCCCUUUCGCCACCGGAGCAGGCGCCGCCGCGGUGAGGGCCAACAAGAGCGCGUCGAUGGCGUCACGCCGUGACUGCGCAAACGUCAUGCUCGACUACAUUUCGUGCUUGUGGGAACUGUGCGGGAAGGUGCUGCGGGAGGAGAAGGAGGCGGUCGCGGCGGCUGCCACGCCGUCCAGCGAAAACGACGGCGGCGACGGCAGCGACUUUUGUCUGCCCGACAGUGCCGCGGAGUAUUACGGUUUUGUCGUGGCCGCCGGCGUAGCGCAGCAAGUGCGUCGGUUAGUGCCGGGGGAAGAGGUACAGCUCAACACCGAGGGGAUGUGGCAGCCUCUGCUGGAGCUUGGCGACUACCUCAUCAGCGCUGGCGACGAGGCGCACGCCUUCCUUGUGUACUCGUGGUUGCGUUUUGCCGCCGCGAUGGCGCUCGGCGAGCCGGAGGGCAACGCGCAGUGCGCACUCGUGCAUCGGGUGUGCAACCUGAAGAUGUGCCUUGCAGCCACCGCGAGCGGACUCAGCGACGAGCCCUACGUGGCAGCGCUGCGGCACCUCGACGAGGCGCACCUGCCGUUGGACGAGUAUGCACUGGUGUCGUCGCCACAACCGAAUGCGACGUCGUCGCUUUCUGUGCAGCCGUGGCUUGCGAUGUUUGUUUUGGCCGAGUGCGAGAUGCGCAUGGUGUUUGGGCAGACGGACGAAGCGGCCGCGAUGGCGUCUAAGUUUCUCGUUGCGGCCCGCAAGAGCGCGGGCAAGUCGUUCACCGACGUGGAGCUCAACGGUCUGCGCAUCCUCGCUCUGUAUGAUGUGGUGCGCGCCCGCCACGAUGAGGCGCUGCGCGUGACAAACGAAUGCUUGCAGAGCAUGCGCAGUCACCGCGACGCCUUCGCGCCGUCUAGCAGCUUCUCUGUGGGCACGUGGAUACGUCUGUGCGGUGUGAAGCUGCGUGCGCUUCUCUCGAUGAAGGCCGUCGACCAGGCAUUCCAGUGGAUGGUCGCGAUUCGCGAGCAGCUGCUAGAGUGGCGCGCUGCGGCGACGGCAGCGGCUGAGUCGUCGGCAACGCUGCGUGCGCUCAGCCUACGUGUUGAACUGUGCGAUGCGAUCCAAUACUGGGGAAAGGAGCUGCUGUGGACUGCUGAGAGUACGGUUCCUUCCUCCACCGCGCUGCCACUCUUUACCACCUUUGAGGGUCCACUUCACGACGCCGCGGUGAGGAUGUUCGGAGAGGUGGAGUUGUUGAUGGAGCACGGGGAGACGGUCUUCUGCCAGCUGUACAGCGCAGCGGCACGAUGGCGGCUGCGCGACCGCGUUACCCCAAGUUGGGUGGCGCAACACGCGAGCUCCGCAGAGGAGCACCUCUGUCCUCGCUUGACGACUCUGUUAGCAGAAAUGAAGGCGCUUCGGCAGCUCUCUGAAAGUCUGCGUGGUGUGGGCGAUUCAGCUGCCGACCAACGGACAACCGACGACGACGACAACGGCACGAGAGCCGCUACAGCAGCAACAGCAGCCACGGACAUCAAAUCAGCCACCAGCCUUUCAUUGUGGAAAGCGUUCCUGCUGUACUGGAGCGCGGUAGAUCGCCUCGAAGCCAACCGCAUCGUGGAGUGUCUGCUCGGCAACUUCCGACGUCUCUCGAUGACCGACUUGCAGCUGCCCACCUCCGACGCACCGCCCCACCUCGAAAAGGAGGUGCUGAAGUUUAUGCGCGGCGUGGCGGACGACGCUGCGGCGACGACGUCGCGCCUUGUCUCCGGCAAUGUCGGCGCACGCUGGCAGCAGACGCCGACAUCAGCCAUGACGGAGGUGGAACAGGCGCUGCAGCACUACGGGCUCGCGGUGCAGGAAGGGAAGGACAUCAUGGACCUCUCCUCCGUGCAGCCUUCCUUGCAGACGUCGCUGGUGCUGGCACGCGCCUGGUCCGCCUCACGUCUUGCCAAAGUAAUUCUGAUUACCUUUGCAGAGAUCGAGGUGCAGCGGCUGACGGAGAACCAAAUCGCGGCAGCGGACGACAUGCUGGGCGAGAAGCUCGUCCUGCAGAGGGAGGCGGUGCUGACAGCGGCGUGGAACCGCGCCCCUUUAGUUCCACCCAAGACAGACAAGGCAGGCGGUCGUGCCCGGAAGAGCGUGUCAGCCGGGAAGCCGCGAAUCUCAAAUGAGGCGUCGUUGAUGUUUGUCGCACCGAUCCUCUCGGCGGAGGAGAUGGAGUUGCUGCAGCGUGUGAAGGAAGGCGCCGAGGAAGCAGUACAGUACAUGCAUCUGGACAUCGCCGAGCAGCUCUACGAUCAUCUGAGCAACUUGGCGGCGCUGCUAGGCCGUCCGCGUCUUGCCGCUGCGGCGGCGGAGCAGUUACAGACCUGUCAACUCAUUGGCUUCCUGUGUGCGAAGAGCACGCAGGAGAUGACGGACUCAGUGGAAGGCCGACUCUGGCGGCAGCUCCACACCGUGCACCCUUUGCUGUGUCACGCCACUUUGUGUAAAGCGCUGUUGGACGAGGUGCUCGCCGUGUCACCGAUGAGCAAGUACAUUCGCAACUGCGCGUUGUUGUGUGUGGAAGAGACAAAGGAGGAGGAAGUCGUGCCAACGAACUCGCACGCGCGUGAUGCAGCGGCGCUGACGGUCUCGCCGUUUGCCAUCGACGCGCCAGUGCUGACCAUCACGUACAGCAGCGGUCACAGCGACUUCUGCCUCGUCCUGCUGCGCCACCCCGACGGCGGCGUCGAAGGCCGUCGCAAGAGCGUCGCGGCGGAGGAGUGGCACCCGCUCGUGCAGCAGUUCGAGCGCAUGCAAAGCGAAACACCAGACCUCUCGGAUGAGCCCAGGAGUGGCAAACCUGGCAAGGCGGCGCAGCGCGUCAUCUCCGAGGACGUGGUCGACUUGACGGACCACCUUGCUCCGGUCACGAUGAAGCUGCUGAUGGAGUUCCAACCUUCGCUCCAAUCCUUCGGUGCGAAGUCUCCUCUGUACCUUUGCGUCGCUCCAGGCAUGCAGCCAAUCGCGUGGGAGCAGACGAGCCUGCUGUCCACCUGCGCCCUCGUGGUGCGCGAACUCGGCGCGGCGGUGGUGGUGAGCAAGUACAACGAACCAACACACAACACACGGCAGCCCCCCGCGCACGGCUCGAAGACUAACGGGUCGGGCCCAUCCAAAGGAGCGUCAACCAGCGUGUCCGUCUGCAUCGCCGACGUCUUUGGCGACCACAUUGAGUCUACCGAAAACGUGCUGAGCGCGGAGUCUCUCAAAUCGAAGAACACGCAGCACACCCUGAUCACCUGCAGUGCGCCUGGCUCGCCUCCCGAUCCCGCCUACAUAACGUGGGUGUUAAACGCCUCUGCGCCGAGUUCCGUCGUUGUGGAUAUGUGUGGAAGCUUCACAGAUGCGCUGCCGCUACCCUACCUCGCGGUGCUGCGGCUGUCGCAGGUGAACGUCGCCGUGUUGGCCGAUGGCGCCGUCAACGCCAAGUCCCGGCAGCGUGAGGAGCGGCAGCAGCUGGACUGCUGUGGCGUCGGUUUCGUUCCACCCAGGUGGGUGGUGCAGCUGCUCUUGUUGUUGCGCGGUGCACGGCUGGUGGUGGCGAACGCGUUCCCGUGCAGUCCCGAGUCCGCUGACGGACUCACCCGUCGGUUUCUCUCUUCCCUGUCCUCCAUCAAGACUCUGGUGGAGCAGCUGAGGGGUAAGGGCAGAGACGCGAAGACGCCCCCUGUCACGCUCUACGGUGCAUUUGGAAGCAGCAGCAUUAGCAGCAAGCAGAAGUCGUAG